GUCUAGAACUCUUUUUAAACUUAUUAGAAACAGUUAUCUAUUGCUUGUUGUCUGUUUCAUAUGGUUUUUUGCCACUAUUGUUUAUAAUUGUAAUAGAAGACUGUUUGGCAACAAUAUUCUAUGUAUUAUGGGUAGAACUGUUUUUGAAGCUGGCUGGUGGUGACGGCGGCUGAGGUGAUGGUCGUUUGGGAUGGCAGAGAUAAUGACGCCGAUGGCACUGGUGGGGGCUGCAGUGAGGAUGAGAUUGGCGGCGGUGGAGAUUCGGGCCAGUGCCAACAUAACAUCUCACCCAAUGUUGAGAUUGUGGCGAUGGACUAUGUCAACACCGCCAUGGAACGCCUGGCCAAAGCCGACGUGAAAUAUGGAUUUGUAUUGGAUUUUUCCACAGAGUAUUCCUAAACCAGAUCACCAUUUUGCAGGUUCAACCAACUCCAUGGAAUGGCUAGAGAUUAUACGUUCUAGGUGGCUGUCUCCAAUAAUUAGUCCUUGAUUCA